AACCCCAUCCAAAAUCCCAAGCAAUCAAGCGCUUAAACCACUCUCAACUUAGCCUCCGAAUCCCCGACAAAGCACUCCCACACACCCGAGAACCAGAUGGCUCCCGAGCUGGCCGGCAAGAUGACCGCCGUGGCGGCGGCGAAGCCCGCGACGAAGGCGUUCGUGACGUUCCUGGCCGGCGACGGGGACUACUGGAUGGGCGUGGUCGGGCUGGCCAAGGGCCUGCGCAAGGCGGGGUCGGCAUACCCGCUGGUGGUGGCCGUGCUUCCCGACGUGCCCGAGUCCCACCGCCGCAUCCUCGUCUCCCAGGGCUGCAUCGUCCGCGAGAUCGUUCCUGUGUACCCGCCCGAGAACCAGACCCAGUUCGCCAUGGCAUACUACGUCAUUAACUACUCCAAGCUCCGCAUCUGGGAGUUUGUGGAGUACGAGAGGAUGGUGUACCUGGACGCGGACAUCCAGGUGUUCGACAACAUCGACGAGCUGUUCGACCUGCCCAGGGGCAACUUCUACGCGGUGAUGGACUGCUUCUGCGAGAAGACGUGGAGCCACACCCCGCAGUACCAGAUCGGCUACUGCCAGCAGUGCCCCGACAGGGUGGCGUGGCCGGCCGCCGAGAUGGGACCGCCGCCGGCGCUCUACUUCAAUGCCGGCAUGUUCGUGCACGAGCCCAGCAUGGCCACAGCCAAGGCGCUCCUCGACACCCUCCGCGUGUCGCCGACCACUCCGUUCGCGGAGCAGGACUUCCUCAACAUGUUCUUCAGGGAGCAGUACAAGCCGAUCCCGCUGGUCUACAACCUCGUGCUGGCCAUGCUCUGGAGGCAUCCGGAGAAUGUUCAGCUCGAGAAGGUCAAGGCGGUGCACUACUGCGCAGCGGGAUCGAAGCCGUGGAGGUUCACGGGCAAGGAGGCCAACAUGGACAGGGAGGACAUCAAGGUGCUCGUCAGGAACUGGUGGGAGAUCUACAACGACGAGAGCCUCGACUUCAAGGGCCUGCCGGUCGACGCCGACGAGCUCGAGGCGGCCGCGAAGAAGCCUAUCCGUGCGGCGCUGGCGGAGGCAGGCACUGUGACUGUCAAGUACAUCACCGCACCGUCGGCCGCAUAGUCGAUCGUUAACUUUGUGAACAUUUCCAUUUUUUUUUGUUUGGAUAUUAGGGUGUCCAAUUUGUGUCUAUGUCUAUUAAUCUCUGAACUACUGCUCAUUUGGAGUGUACGUAAGGUUUGAUCGAUCAAGUUUAGAACUCUAGAGAUAUGUGAAUAUCCUUGACAUGUUGUCAAGUCUAGUAGAGAGUAUUAUCGUCAUGUAUGAAAGAACUACUAUGUGUGAAUUAGCAAGAUGCAAAAAUUAUGCCA